GUGGCGGGGCGAGGCGAAGGGAAGGGAGGCGAAGCGAAGGAAGGGCGGCGAGGCGAUGCCGGCGGCCGGCUCGGAGGCGGAGGAGGGCGGCGGGGAGGGCGCGGGGCCCGGCGCCGGCGCCGGCUCUGUGGGCGAGCAGCCGGGGCCGUGCUCGCCGAAGCUGUGCGGCUACCUGCAGAAGCUGUCGGGCAAGGGCCCCCUGCGCGGCUUCCGCAGCCGCUGGUUCGUCUUCGACCCCCGCCGCUGCUACCUCUACUACUUCAAGGGGCCGCAGGAGGCGCUGCCCCUCGGGCACCUCGACAUCGCCUCCGCCUGCUUCAGCUACCACCAGCCCGAGGCCGGCGCUGCCGCUGGGGACGAGGGGGCCGCCUUCGAGGUGCACAGCCCCGGCGGCGCCGUCGCCGUGCUCAAGGCAGCAACUCGUCAGGAUAUGACCUACUGGCUUCAGGAACUUCAGCAGAAAAGGUGGGAGUAUUGUAACAACCUUGAUGCAGCAAAAAGGGACAGUCGAACUUCUCCUACGCCAAGUGACUUUUCCAAAGGUCUUGUUGCCAAAGACAAUCCUGAUUUGAGUAUCCUAAGCCAAAAUGCUUCAGCAGAGAGAGCUAGAACUAUUCUAGCUGUGGAGACUUCUCCUACAGAGCUGGUGGGGGAACAAGCAGCUUCCCAGCCUGCGCCAGUCCAACCAAGUGCCAUCAAUUUCUCACUUAAACAAUGGAGCACUGAAAUCAAAAAUUCAAUGUCAUCUUUAAGAAAAGGGAAUAACGAAAAUCGCAAGAGCAUAUUUUAUACCAGUGAAGAGUGGGAAUUGCUGGAUCCAACCCCAAAAGACUUGGAGGACUCCAUGGCCCUGGAAGAAAAGAGGAAAAACUUCGCAGAAGGAAGUAAAGGUCUGACUGGUUCAGCUUUUCCAUUUGAUUUUGGCCGCAUUCCACAAAAACCGAGACGCCCUUUAAAAGACAUGAUUGGAUCAAGCAAAAACCGGAACAGCAGCGACUCCUCUCCAACUGAGUGGUGUUCUGGUAAUGGCAACAAACUAGUCUCUGAACUGCAACUGAAGUAUCAAAGCCAGCAAGAAGAACUGGAAAAGCUGAAGAAAGAUCUUCUGAGCCAAAAGGAACUUGUGCGACUUCUGCAGCAAACAGUCCGAUCUUCCCAAUAUGAUAAAUACUUUGCAAGCCGUCUGUGUGAGGGGGUUCCCAAAGACAAAUUAGAGCUGUUGCACCAAAAAGACGACCAGAUUUUGGGUCUCAACAACCAGCUUGAAAAGUUAAAUCUGGAAAAAGAUAGUCUGCAGCAGGAAGUAAAGAAUCUAAAAUGUAAAGUUGGAGAACUCAAUGAGCGGCUGGGUAUGUUGAUGGAAACUAUUCAAGCUAAAGAUGAAGUGAUAAUGAAACUGUCUCAUCAACUCAGCGAAUGUGAGGACAAUACGUCAUCCCAAAGUGGCGCAGUAAAUUCUCCCACAGCCACCUGUAUUAAUAAGGAACUACAGGAACUGGACAGACUAAAAGACAAUCUUCAGGGUUAUAAGACCCAGAACAAAUUUUUAAACAAGGAGAUUUUGGAGCUUUCUGCUCUACGAAGAAAUGCAGAAGUGAGAGAGAGAGAAUGGCAGGCAAAGUAUACUAGCUUGGAAGCCAAACUCUGUCAGAUAGAAAGUAAAUACUUGAUCUUGCUUCAAGAAAUGAAAACUCCUGUUUGUUCUGAGGAGCAGAGCCCUGCUCGUGAGGUUAUUGCACAGUUACUAGAAGAUGCCUUGAAAGCAGAAACCAGCGAACAACCAGAACAAGCAUUUUUCAAACCAUACCCGGUCAGUGAAUAUGAUAUAUAUGGUUUCCAAACAGUUCCAGAAGAUGAUGAGGAAGAGAAACUAGUAGCAAAAUCACGAGCUUUGGACCUGAGAUCCCUUUCUCUCAGUGAAAAUCGGGAGAUCUCCACAGGGGUAAAAUGGGAAAACUAUCUUGCAAGUACAAUGAAUAGAGAGAUGAUGCGCUGUGUGGAACUAAAGAACCUUAUUCGAUCUGGGAUUCCACAUGAGCAUCGCUCCAAGAUAUGGAAAUGGUGUGUCAAUCUCCAUGUUAAAAAAUUCAAGGACAGCACAGUUCCUGGGUACUUCCAGACCUUGCUUCAGAAUGCCCUAGAAAAACAAAAUCCUGCAUCUAAACAGAUUGAAUUGGAUCUCUUGAGAACUUUGCCAAACAACAAACAUUAUUCUUCCCCAACAUCUGAAGGGAUCCAAAAACUGCGAAAUGUGCUGCUGGCGUUUUCAUGGAGAAAUCCAGAUAUAGGUUAUUGCCAAGGGCUCAACAGAUUGGUAGCAAUUGCUCUUCUGUAUUUGGAACAGGAAGAUGCAUUUUGGUGUCUAGUAACGAUAGUGGAAGUUUUCAUGCCUCGUGAUUAUUAUACGAAAACACUGCUGGGAUCUCAGGUUGAUCAGCGAGUAUUCAAAGAUUUAAUGAGUGAGAAACUUCCACGACUGCAUGCUCAUUUUGAACAGUACAAAGUCGACUAUACUCUUAUAACUUUCAACUGGUUUCUUGUGGUAUUUGUGGACAGUGUUGUUAGUGACAUCCUUUUUAAAAUAUGGGACUCAUUCCUAUAUGAGGGACCAAAGGUAAUAUUCCGAUUUGCCCUGGCACUCUUUAAGUACAAAGAAGAAGAAAUCUUAAAACUACAAGAUUCGAUGUCCAUUUUCAAGUACCUUCGGUAUUUCACACGUACUAUACUUGAUGCUAGGAAACUGACUGGUAUUGCUUUUGGAGACCUGAAUCCUUUUCCAUUACGUCAGAUCAGGAACCGAAGGACCUAUCACCUGGAGAAAGUACGUCUUGAACUAACUGAACUCGAAGCCAUUCGUGAGGAUUUCCUGCGUGAACGAGAGACCUGUGUAGAAAAAAGAGACCUUAUUAGUGAUGAUGAGGAGGAUAGUUGAAACUACUCAACAUAAACUUUUCUUUGGGAUCGUGACCAAAGUGAGUUAACCUCCAAAACACUUUAUUAAUCCUAUCAAACCGAAUGUAAACUAGUUGCUUUUGGAAAUAUGCAGGACAAAUUUCCAAACCCCAGCACUUUCAGAUAUAUGGCAUUGUAUGGAGGCUGAACACUUUUGUUUACAAUUAUGUUCAUGGAAAUGUAUGUAGGGCACUUAAUAUCUGUCUCAGUUUAGUCAUACAGCUGAACUGCUGAAACAACAAUUGACAGUUGUUUUCCUGCAGCACAUUUAGUGUCUAUAUGUGAAACAGUAGUAACAAAAGCCUGCACUCUGUUUACUACAUUCAUUGCCAAGCUUCUGUAUCUGUUUGACUGUAACCAUGUUUUUUAUAGAGCAGGUUCAAUGUGGGUGGGUUUUCAGUUUUGGAUUGGCUCAAUAAAUAAUUUUAUUUCUAUUCACUGUUUUUCUGAUGGCUGUCUCAAAAAAGCCACACCUAAAACCCAGCUGUUAUGGAAUAAGAAUGGAGCUUGCUACAGGAGUACUAUGUAUUAGUUCUGUAUCCAUUGAAGGUAUUUUUUUCCAUUAUUUUGAGUUGAAAUCACUCUUCCUAUUUAGGGCUUCAAGUCCUGAUCUUUAAAAAGAAAUACAGCAUUUUGUCUGCAUGAUUGUAUAGCUAUUAUGUAGUAGUGAUAGAGAUUAAAGACAAGUGAGUCAAUCAAAGGAGCCUAAAGGCCACAGCAUGCACGUAUAAAUUUAUGAUACUUUUUCCAGUGGAAAAAUUAAAGAUUCUCUUAACGUACUCGAGUUUGCUGUGAAUGUUAAGUGCACCCACUUCAAGACAUCUGUAAGGAAAUGGUUGCAAUGUUAUGGAAAUGUCAGUGGAGGCGAUGCUUGCUUGUGACUACCAGUACUCUUAAAUGGUUCUGAGGAUGAGGAGGCUUUUUGGCUUUUUUUGUUUGUUUGUUGGUUUGGUUUUGUUUUGCUGGUUAUUCACUGAACUCUUGCAAUGUUCCUCCUUGAGUUGUUGGAUCUUCAUAAUGUUAGAUUGACUUAGAUGUUGUCUCUGAACAGAUGAUGAUAAAACUAACAUUCAAAAUAGGUCAGCUCUUGGGGAGUGGUUAAUUAGCAAAAAAUUAAACUUGUGGUCAGGAAUGGUCCAAGUGCAUGAAGCUUCUACUCUGUUCUCAGAAGACCAACAAGUAGAAUUUGUAUGACAGGUACACUUGUGUAAACAUUUUAGAAAAUCCAAGUGUGUGCGGGGAGAAAUCCAGCUUCUUUUUCACAGCACUUUUUUAAGGGAUGUAUUUAUAGCCUUCUCUAAGCAUAUUAUUAAUCAAUUUAUCUGAGAGGGAAAUACUUAGGUGAAAAGUAAUUUACAGGACUUCUUUUGAUAUAUACUGUAUGCCUUUUCCUGUAUAAUGUAUAACUUCAAAUUAGCCAACAAAUCCUUGCCAGUGAGGGACACAUGGUAUGAUCAUCUUGAUUUGUAUGACAUGUAUCUUGUAAAAUGUCCCCUACCUUGUCUUUUGUAAGUGGUAGUUUUAGGGUUCUUUUUCCUAGUUACUCUUGGUUGUUUACUUGAACUUGUUAGGCAGGGUUUUUUCAUAUUAUUGCAUGUACUGUAUUCUUUUUUUUAACCUACAAUCAGUAUUUGAAUAUAAAAGUGGGACCAGCUUUUCUAAUUUUCUAGUUAUGCUGUCUUUGUUUUGAAAGAGCUGGUCUCUAAAUGGGUCUAUAAUGUCCAUUUUUUUUUCUUUUCAUCAUGGUUUCAAGUGUUAAAUGAAAACUUCUAACUUGAAGAUCUUCCUUCUUUUGGCAACAGUUGAAAUGCUAAGGUGAAGAACUUAGAAAUAUGUACCUUAUUCUCCUACAAGUCUACUAUUGCAAAGUUUUGAGUCUUCAGUUAGAACUAGAUCUAUGACUUCAGGAGAUGUUUUCGUACAGAAUACAUCUAAGUCUUUAGGUUGUGAAGCUAAAACUAACUUCAGGGCAACAGUUCAGGAAGAUCUGUAGAUGACAAAACAUGACCUGCAAUGUUAACAAGACUUUUUUUUUCAGUUGUGCCGAAGGUUAAAUUACCAUGUGUAUUAUUGUGGUUCGUUAUAAAAGUUGUUACCUGAUUGUACAGUAAAAUUAAGUAGCUCUGUUUCUUAUUCCAUUAUGUGAAUCUAAAACAUGAAUAGUAGGAAAUUAUGCAAAUCACGCUGUCUCUGGGUAUUUUGUUAGCCUUCAAUUAUGAAAUAAGUUAGUGUUAAUUUACUGAAGUUCCUAGCAAGAUGUUGACUUCAUUUUGUUAAUAAUCAUUGAUGCCUUAGUUAAAAGGUCAAAAAAUUUGAAGAGGCAUCUAAACUAUGACUGCUAGAAAUCCAUGUAGAACAAAAAUGAGACAAAUGCAGCAGGUAGCAACUUCAAGGGAAGCUUUCCUCACUGUUACAAAUGUCUUUAGGCAAACACUAGUUUUCUACUGGUGCUUAAUUUGGUGAUUUUGAGGAGCAGUAACUAGUUAGGGAUACGCAGGAUAUACAACCAGUAUUUAAACCAAAUGAAAUCAAACGAAAAUACAGUGUGACUUGUCAGCCUUGCAAAAGCUGAACUGUGUAGAUACCAGGUGCUCACAAUUCGGGGAGAACUUCCAAAACAGUAUAUGAGGAUUUAACAUCCAUACCAGCCACUUAGGAGGAAAUUGACCUGUUUAAUGCAAAUGAAGACUGCAGAGGUUUUUUUUAAUCUUCAAGAUCAUGCAUGUGUGCAGAAUUUCUUAGGUAUGGUUCCCAGUAUGUUAUAAAAACCAAACUGCUAAUGUGCAUAUUGCAGAAUAUUUCUCCAUCUUUGUGUGCUUAUGCAUGACUUUCAGUGAAAUUUCUGGUUACUUGGUUAAAAAUGUUCUGUUACCUUUUAUUAAAUAGGCAGAAGUUUGGUGCACAACACCUCUAGCUAUUAAGUCUUCGUAGUAUUUCAGCUUUACUUGGACAUGUAUAUAGGUAGUGUUAUCAUCAAGUGUUACCAGAUUUUUUAACCAGGUAUGUAAUGAAUAAAAAUAUUUCAUUGCCCUUUAGGUGUUUUCUGUGACAGAUAUGCACCUUGCCCUCAGUCAUUGAAACAUGGUAAGACAUUUCAGCAGAAAGGGAAAGAUUUUUGUUCCUUAAGACAUCGAGAAUAAAUGAAUGGUUCUACACUUGGUAAACUGAGUUGUUUGUUCAGUCAUGCUUACGUGAGAAAUGGAAAACGAGUCACUUUAUUUCACUAAAUUGUGUAGCUGUUUUGCUGAAUCUUCCCUUAAGUGCCAUGUUGGAAAUAAGCAAUAUGCGGUACAAGAAAUUUGAAUCACAAAACAUAAGUGAUGUUAUUUUUGUAAAAAAAAAAAAUUUAAAAAAAAGUUGUGAGAAAAAAAAAUAAAUUGUUUACUUUGCAUUA